AUGUCAAAUACGAGUGUAAACUUCAUUUAUGUUUGUUGCUUUAACCUAAGCCCCAAAAAUUCUAAACCAAAACCCGAGCAACUCUGUUACUGCUUCCAACCUCUCAAGUUUUGCAGGGGCUGGAUAAGGGAUACAAAAAGAAAGAAGACAACAAGAGUGGUUUAUAACAGGGUGAUCGCGGUUCGGUUUGAAAGCAAAAGCUUAUGGAUUGGAUGGCAUUUUGGAAGUGGAUAGCAUUUUGGAAAUGAGCUUGCGGAUAAUGGAAAAAUAUUUGGUGUUUUGUGUGUAUUAGUUAAAUGUUUGAUGUAGUGGAACGAUAUUUGUUGUUUUUAUUUGCUGUUUUGGAUGAUUUUUAGGUUGCAUGAAUCGAUA